GCGCACUGUAGGAGCAGCAGACCAGAAGGCCCGAAUCCCGAUGGCGGAGUAACGACAACGAAGCGGAGAGUCGGAGAUUCCUUUAAAGUUAGAGUACGAGUUCUUGCAGGUCAACGAUCUUUGCUCCUUUGAUUUCUUCCUUUCCUUUCUAGCGACUCUGUUUCCUUCAGUCUUCCUCCUGGGCGCCCCCUCCUUCCACCGUCUUCGGCGCGUGAAUGCCUUCUCCCAUACAAUUCUUAGGCUUGGGUUAGGGUUUUGAUGUUGGAGGAACGAUGUUUAGUCUGAGUGGGUUGCUUAUCCUGGAAGGAGCUGAAGGAGGGAUUGAUGCCGAAAGUCGCUGUGUUUCGCCAGAUACGCAGGUGGCCGGUGUCUAGAGCUGAGCGCUUUUUGGGGUAAUUCUUGAUCUGCGUUGCGUUUCUCUGAUUACACUCAGCGAAUGCACCACACAAGGAGGUUUCCAAUCAUGGGUUUGGUGCCCCAUAAGCCUCAAGGAGCAGAGCCACUUGCCAGUAUCGGAAUUCUUGGAGAACCUACAGUAAAUAAUUCAGCCACCCAAGAAGAAGGUGCCAAGCAGAGAUUAAGAUGGACUUCAGAUCUUCAUGAACGUUUUGUUAAUGCCAUUACACAACUUGGUGGACCAGACAGAGCAACACCAAAAGGUGUCUUGACAAUGAUGGGUGUGCCUGGGCUUACCAUCUAUCAUGUCAAAAGUCAUCUGCAGAAGUAUCGACUUGCAAAGUUUCUCCCAGAAUCUUCAGCAGAUGUUUCAGGGUCAAAGGAUGAAAAGGAAGGUUCUGCUGGUUCCAUGUCUAAUAUGGAAAAUUUACCUUCACAGAUCAAUGAGGCAUUCAGAAUCCAGAUGGAGGUGCAAAAGAGACUGCAAGAACAACUUGAGGUGCAGAGGCAAUUGCAGUUGAGAAUUGAAGCACAAGGAAAGUACCUGCAGAAAAUCAUUGAGGAGCAGCAGAAGCUUGGGGGGUCGCAUAAAGGAAGCGAGUCUUUCGAAUCACCUCCACCUAACAACUCUGCUCCACAAUUUUUGGUCUCUUCUUCAGAUUCAACUAAGAGACGUAGGGUGGAGUCCUCGUCAGAUUUACCAGCCGAAUUGGCUGGCAAGAAGAUUAAUUCCGACUCUUUUCCCGAAUAAUUUGUCUAUCAAAUGGAUUAAAACACUUGUGCAGAAGUCAUGAAGCAGCCAAUUGCAACUUAGCAACAGAUUCAGCGCAGAACAGGGGUUCUACUUCUACCUCACCAUUGUUGUUUCUGUCCAGGUUGGUGUGAAUAGAUGAUGAAGUCGACAAGCUGGCCUCCAGUUUCACCAGAAGCCGGGCAUGUAAACACAGUGUACGGGUGGUUACAUUCCAUAUACAUGUUUUAUGUAAUGUUACGAAUCAGCUGAAAUUGAGGUUUCUUGUUUA